UCUUUUUGUUACUUCACCGCCACUCUCUCUCACUCCGCACGCUCGACGGCAUCUCCUUUCCCCCGUCCGGCUUGGCUCCGGUUGCUUUCGCUCUCUGCACGACUCACGUCGUCGGCGGUCACUUCCCUCACCGCUUCCUCUUUUCUGUCUGUCGAAGCUAAGGAAGAGAAUAUAAAGAUGAAGCUGACCGUGGAUGUGCUGCGAUAUCUGUCUAAAGAUGAUUUUAGGGUUCUUACUGCCGUCGAGAUGGGCAUGAGAAACCACGAGCUUGUACCAUCCGAGCUAGUGGAACGCAUUGCUUCUCUCAAGCAUGGAGGUACUUAUAAGGUCUUGAAGAACUUGCUCAAGCAUAAGCUAUUGCACCAUGACUCUUCCAAAUAUGAUGGGUUUCGGCUAACCUACCUUGGCUAUGAUUUUCUUGCAAUUAAGACCAUGGUCAAUCGUGGUGUGUUUACUGCUGUUGGCCGUCAAAUUGGGGUUGGAAAAGAGUCUGAUAUCUUUGAGGUUGCCCAGGAAGAUGGCACUGUGCUUGCAAUGAAAUUGCACAGACUUGGUAGAACUUCUUUUAGGGCUGUCAAAUCGAAGCGUGAUUACUUGAGGCAUCGAAGCAAUUACAACUGGCUCUAUUUGUCUAGGCUUGCUGCACUUAAAGAAUAUGCUUUUAUGAAGGCUUUAGAAGAACAUGGUUUUCCAGUUCCCCAGGCUAUCGACUGUAAUAGGCAUUGUGUGGUUAUGUCACUUGUCCGAGGUUAUCCCCUUGUGCAAGUAAAGCAAUUGCAAAAUCCAGAACCAGUUUUUGAGACGAUAAUUGGUCUAAUUGUCCGCUUGGCAGAACAUGGCCUUAUCCACUGUGAUUUCAAUGAAUUCAACAUUAUGAUUGAUGAUGAGGAGGAGGUUACCAUGAUUGAUUUUCCACAAAUGGUAUCUGUAUCUCACCGAAAUGCACAGAUGUACUUCGAUCGUGAUGUUGAAUGUGUUUUCAAGUUUUUUAGGAAGAGGUUCUAUCUAAGGUCCAAAGAACCAUUCCUUGAAAAGUGGAAGAUUGCUUUCAUUGAAGGGGGUGUCCAGCAGGAUAGAGAUUCUGAUGACGAGGGAACUGAAGAUGAACAAGAUGUCUCCACAUCAAAUGAUGAGGGAACUGAAGGCGAACAACAUGUCCAUAAGUUGAAUGAAAUGAACGCAAGUGGUCUUAAUUCUUUUCACUUGCGGGAGCAGGAAGGAGAAGUGAAGGGUAAGGAGUUGAAUCAUGAAGGUCAGGAUAGUGGACCUGAAAAGCAAGAUACAAGUGACAAGGAAGGUUCUGACGUGGGUGAAUAUGAUGCUGAACUAAUGAAAAGAUUGAAGAAAGAGAGAAGACGUGCUGUAGCUGCAGCUCGACAUGGGAAGAAGGCUCUUUCUUCAAGAAACUCGUACAAGGACAAGGGUGGUAAGUCGUCUCAGAAUGCGAAAAUACAGAAACAGAUGAACAAAUGGUAAAAUUUUGUAUCCAAUUACCACGUAAUGUAAACAGCAGCUGGGUAUUAUUAGAUCUUAUCCGGCAAGCUAAGUUAGAGAGUUGGAAUGAUUGUUGUCCUGCAAGUCCAUAUAUCAGACGGGUGACGAUGCUACAAAGAAAACGGAGAAAGCUGCAAACAUGCCUGAGUAUCUCGUUGGCAUUUUUUGUUCGAUGUGGUAAUUUUACAUAUUGACGAGAGCUUGUUAUAAAUAGCUUAAGAGGAAACUGCAAAACGUGUUAUUUUUAAAAAAUUUUGGCUGCUUUAGUAUACGCUUGGUUCCUAACUGAAUCUCAUUUGAAAUAGCUUGGUUCCUAACUGAAUCUCAUUUGAAAUACAGCUUUGAUUUUGAUUAGUUUUUAA